AUGCUGCCGGCUCCCGCAGCCCAGCGGCCGCCGCCCCUGCUCUGGCCGCCCCCCGCCGCCGAGCCCCCGCCGCCCGCCUGGGCCUGGGUCCUGCCGGGGCUCCUCAGGGUCGGUGCCGCCGGGGGUCCCCCCCCGCCGCCGCCGCUGCUACUGCCGGCGCCCCCCCCCCCUGCCGCCGCCCUGCUGCGGGCCGCCCCGGGCUGGCGCCUCCCCGGCGAGCCGCUCCUGCCGCUGCUCGCCACCGGCGACCCGCACGCCGCCGCGCUCCGCCACGGGCAGUGGAUAUUUGGAGCUCAUUCUCCAGUCAUAGGAUUUUCACCUUCUUCAAGCGUGGAAUUUGUUCCUGUUUUUCCACCUGUAUACACAUCUACGGUUCCGCCUCACGCUGGGAAAAACUGGAUCGAUAAAAGGCUACCGAGCUGCAAAAUAUACUUGAAUAAUGCAUUUGCUCUGGAUUCGGCGUGGAUACAUCCUGAGGAAUCGAGGCUCUUCCAGGGCAACGAGAAACCUCUGCUAAUGACCAAUCAAGUGGCGAUGGCUAUCGCCAGGCCGGCUGCUGCCUCCAGGCCUCUUCCCACUGUGGUGCUGGCACCUCAGCUGAUACCAGGUGGUUGCCAGAACAGCCUUAAACCAGUCACUGGCAAUCAGAGCCUGGCGUUGGCCACUGCCGCGAUGGUGUCAGUGGAGCCUGAAGCCCCCCAGGGACCUUCGGCGCCGAGCGUUCAGCCCUGCCACGUCCUGACCUUCUCCCCCAUCAAAAUUCCAGUCCUGGCAUCACCUUUUCCAGGUUCUGCCUCCAGAAUGGAUGCUCAUGUCGGUCCUUUGAUGCCAACGCAAGUCACCCGGGUAACUGCUCUGUCUGCACCGGCGGUGACCUUCAUGGCAACCAACCUGAUGGAUCAGACAUUGCCAGAUAAUGGCAAAGAAUCGAGUAGAUCCUCCUGCCCACCAACCUUGAUUUUACAUGCGGAGAGGAAGAGUUCCCCCAUGGAGAGCGAUGGCAAUAAGGAUCAUUCUUUUAAACUAGUAAAUGAGGAUGACAGCACAUCAAACGGCAACAAACCUGUGGCAUCCACUCCCGUGCCAGGAUCACCAUGGUGUGUAGUCUGGACUGGAGAUGACCGGGUCUUCUUCUUCAACCCUACAAUGCAGCUGUCCGUCUGGGAGAAGCCGGUGGACCUGAAGCACCGCGGCGACAUAAACCGGAUCAUCGAGGAUCCUCCCCACAAGCGCAAGCUGGAAGCUGCAGCAACAGAUAAAUGUGUUAGUUCUUGUCCAGGGGAUGAAAACGAUGAUCUUAGCAUCAAAACUAAGAGAAAUAAAACAGAAGAUUCCCAAGCUGCCGACCAGGGGAAGGCUGAGAGGGAGGAGAAGAACGAGGAGACGUCGGGGCGGCAGGUGACGCCUCCCCUGGAGGAGCGCAUCACGCAUUUCCGAGACAUGCUGCUGGAGAGAGGGGUUUCAGCAUUUUCUACAUGGGAAAAAGAGUUGCACAAAAUAGUAUUUGAUCCACGCUACCUUCUGCUAAAUCCAGAAGAACGUAAACAGAUAUUUGAACAGUUUGUCAAGACCAGGAUCAGAGAAGAGUACAAAGAAAAGAAAAAUAAAUUGUUGUUAGCCAAAGAAGAAUUUAAAAAGCUCCUUGAAGAAUCCAAGUUAUCGCCAAGAACAACGUUUAAGGAAUUUGCGGAGAAAUACGGAAGAGAUCAGCGGUUUCGCCUCGUUCAGAAGAAGAAGGACCAAGAGCAUUUUUUCAAUCAGUUCAUACUUCUACUUAAAAAGAGGGACAAAGAAAACAGGAUAAGGCUACGGAAAAUGAGAUAAAACCUCCUGAAACUGGCAAUAAGUACACAAGUCCGUGCUGGGAGUGCAGUAGGAGAUUCAAACAAAGGCUAAAGCGUUGGGGGUUCAACUUGCGACAGCUUGGCGAGGGAGCGGAGAUCCCGGAGAAAAACUUUCUCUAAACAGAGUUUAUUGGACAUAUAUUGAAUUUGUGAAGGUUGUUCUGCAGGAAUCUGAAGGAUAUUUUGUUCUCAAAGAAUUAAUGUUUCAUAUUGAAGCUCUUUUUUGUACAACAUCCAGAGUUUGAUGCAUUUCUAAUUGCCAUGAUAUGUCAAUCCCUUAAUUGUUUUAAUUAUGCAAAUUACUUGUAAUAUACACAAAUUAUGAAUCCGAUGCAGAUUUGUAAUUAAGCAGACGCAGAUGCCAUCCAUAACAAUCUCAAGAUAUUUUCAUCAUUUAGGGGAAUUAUCUAAAGCAAUCUUUUGGCAACUUUAUGCAUUACCAUAAAGUGUUUAGAGGUACGGUGGUACGCAGGAAUUCAUCUCCCGCUGUUCAUACGUCUCUGUCCCGUUCUCUGAGUAGUAGUAAUAAGAUAUUAAUUGUUAAUCUUAGUGAAGAGUGUGAAAAUCUUGGCAUAUGUUCCAUAGGAAAACUCUUAAGUUUCAGAAAUUGCUUCCUCCUUACCGUGAGUGGUGCGUUCGGGCACACGGGCGAUAGCAACACUUCUCCCUCCCAGUUCCCAGACAGAAGUUCUUUUGUAAAACCAUCACCCUUUGAUUUCAGUUGUGUUACUGUAUGUGAAAAGUCUGCAUGAGAUUUUUCUCAUCAUAUUUGUAUAAAUAAAUAUUUAACUUUUUUAAUUAAUAAAUAUUUUAAGCCAGUUUUCGGGGGGGGAUGUUAAGUUUCUAAACUUUUUGAGAUAUUGGUAAAGUAGCGCAGGUCUCCUGGUGUUUACUGGAGAGGUGGAAAAGCAGCGGGAGUUGUACCGCUCAUGAUUUGUAUGCAAAUUCCACUAAUAUCAGUUGGAGUUCUGAGCCUAUUGAGAGCAAAGGGGUCGCUCUGGCUGCGAAGGCAGGCUAUCGCGGCUGGAGGAGGUCAGCACAGCUCCGCUGGACAUCACUGUAUCCCUUCCGUUACGCUACGGGAGAGACACACUCUCCUCUCUCUGAUCAUAAUCGUUUUUUUCAGUUGACCUAAUUUUUAAGUUAUUACUCAUUAGUUUUGUAGAUUUCUAUUUGGUAGGAGUGGUUUUGAUAUUUUCUCCAAAUGAUGGUAAUUUUUCUUUAGAUGUGUGCUGGAUAUUUUUUAUAAUCGAGGAAAUAAAGGGUAUUUUAUACUGCUUUGGAAAAAUGAACUCAGAAGAAUUCAAAGAAGGGUAUUUAACAUAAGAUAUGCUUUAGAAAGGAUGUAGAGUUUCGAACUUCUAUAUGAAAAAUAUUGUAAUUUAUUUCUAUGAGAGCAAGACCUGCCCCAGAGUUGCUGUUGGUGUGAGUGAGGAAACGCGAUGCUGUGUCGGAAUGCCCAGCUCAAACCAUGCUGACAGUUUUUCUCACCUCUGCACGCAAGGGCUGUAUUCGGGACCGCGCGAGCUGGCGUGCAAGCUGGUAGAUGCGAUUUGCUUUUACAUGGCUUGCAAGUCUUGUGAUAGCCACUUUCACACCUUUAUUUAACAAUUAUUUUUACCUCUCUGGAAGAGCCGGGUUUGCUCCCGCUCCCAUGUGGUUUAGGAAUCUGUCACGACUUACGUAGAGGCCGAUGCUGUUCGCUGGUACGUGUGGUCGGACGAGGCAGUAGUGACCCAGAAAAAAGACGCAGGUUUUUUGGUAGACCUGAAGGCAGACUUCAUAGGGGUUUUCAUAAGGUUUUGCAAAUGUUCCUGUUUAAAAAACAAAACAAAACAAAACAAAAGUAAGGUGCAGAAAACGGAUGAGAUCUUGCUUUUAUGAGUGAAAACUCCUCUGUUUCAGUGGCUUGUACCCCUUGUUGUUGUUUCAAAUGUAUGUGCAUAUCUAGGCCGUGUGCUGCCAUCCCUUAUUCCAAAUAUGAAUAAAAUGGGGUAGUAAUAUUCUGGGGAUUCUCCUUGAUUUUAGCAUUUCCUGACAAUGUCAGAAAUCCUCGUCAUGAUGUAAGUAUCAUAAUAAGUGUAUAAUCUCUCUGAUUUUCUUGGGAA